GAGAGAGAGAGAGAGAGAGAGCGGGUAGCAGCAAGAUGGUGUGUCUCCUGCCUGGGUCUGUGUGCUGGGCUUGGCUGAAGAUGCAGACAUGGGAGAUCCAGACGGCUCAUCUCCUUUGUGCAGCAUGAGCCAUGAGCCAAAGUCACCUUCCUUAGGAAUGAUCUCCACGGCAACGCGCACCACGGCGACGGUGAGCCCCCUCACCCCCUCACCCCUCAACGGCUCCAUCGUAGCCAAUGGGAGCCCGGCUGCACAGUCUGCUCACUCGGGAUUCGCUGCCGCUCUCCGCAAGCUCGCCAAGCAGGCAGAGGAGCCCAGAG